AGCAUUUAUCGGAUGCCUAUGGAAACACACAUUAGGCUUCAAACAUUUAAUUUAUUUGCUGAACGUGUUCUAUUUGAGUAACACGUAUAAAGCUUUUGGUAGUUUUUAUUUCAAACCUUUUGUAUUCAUACAUAAAAUGAUUAUAUCAGUAAGAUAGAAUACGUCUUUGAUUACAUCAUUGGAGAAUAUCAAAUUGAAUAUAGUAAAAAAAAUUUGGAUUGCAGUGUGACAUAGUAAAAAAAAAAAUGAAGUCUAUUGCAGCAAUUGCAUUUUUUUUUAAUUUCCAUGUGCUGAGUGCUGAUCCUUGGAUGUCUAGACUGUCUGAUAACAUUCAUAUUGGCAGUAUUACUAUACCUGGGACUCAUGAUUCAGCCGCUUACAGCACUAGCUUAAUUUGGGCUAAAACACAAGAUUGGGAUAUUUUGGAUCAACUUAAAAAUGGCAUUCGCUUCUUAGACAUAAGAUGUCGUCAUAUAAGUAACAUUUUUACAAUUCAUCACGGAGCAAUUUAUUUAAACAUGAACUUUGAUGAUUUUAUGAACAGUGUCAUUCAGUUUUUGAAUCAAAAUCCAACUGAAACCGUGCUCAUGCGUAUUAAAGAAGAGCACGAUCCAGAUGGAAACACUAGAUCGUUUGCAGCAACUUUUAAUGAAUAUUAUAAUAAGUACAACAAUUAUUUUUGGAACGGCCCCACAGACAAUCCAACAUUGAAAGAAACAAGAAAAAAGGUUGUUGUUUUGGAAAACUUUUUAGGAAAUGGUAUAAGAUUUGGUUUGCCUUAUAACUCUUUUGAUAUACAAGACCAAUAUGAAACUAAUGAUUACACCCCGUUUUCGUUAGACAAUUAUAACGACAAAAAAAGAAGCGUCAAAGACCAAGUUGAUAAAGCUAAGUUUAGAAAUAAGAUUAUAAACUACUUAAGUGCUGUCGGUAAAGGAGCGUUAAUAUCUGUUGCAACACCUAAAGCCAUUUCUACAGUAAUAAACCCAUUUCUCAAAAGUCUAAUCUACCAAAAUAAAUUUCAGUACUUUGGAAUAGUUGUUGCAGAUUACCCUGACAUUGAUCUUGUUAAUCUCAUCAUUGAAAGAAAUCCUCCAACCUCGAUAUACAAUGGUCAGGUUUUGACUAGCGAAAAUUAUUUACAAUCGUCAAGCGGAAGAUACCGUGCUAUUUUUAACAAUCCUGGAGAGUUUUAUGUACUUGAUGUGCAGCAAAAUGCUAGAAUAUGGCAAUCUCUGAAUAAUCGAGAGAGUAAAAUGUGGGCAGUUAAAAUGCAAGAUGAUGGUAACUUAGUUAUGUACAAUGACUAUUGGAAAUUCUUUAGGCAACAGCAGGAUCCAUACUGGGCUUCUGACACAUUCUAUUGCUUUAAUGGUAUUUACAAAUAUGAGCUCAUUAUGCAAGAUGACGGCAAUUUGGUAAUAUACUCCUUUGGAACGAAUAUGGCAGUUCGACCAAUUUGGUCAAGUAUGAGUAAGCCAGAUAAUCAAAUCUGGAGGGCUACAAACUCAAAAAAGAAUUGCCCGCGUUGAAAAGCUUGCUCUGUGGAGAUUUUAUUUUUGCACAUUUUUGCAUUUUUGCACAUUAAUAGUUAGUAAAUAAAAAUGCUUUUUUCUUA